GAGCAAUUUCUUUUUGCAAAUUAUAUCAGGACGUUAGUCACACUCGUCCUCACUCUUUAUGGCGGGAAGGGCACCGCGGGAAACCCUAGAAACGUAGGGCUGCUUGUCCUCUCUUCAUCUUCCUCUCCCUACGUGUCCCCUUCCUGAAAACCUUGAAACCCUCAAAAUGCAUCGGCUUGUGGCGACAUCCUUCAUGGCUUCCUCGCCACGCUUGCUUCUACUAGCCGGCUUACUCAGGAAGUCCUCCAUUCAUGGAUUUAGAAUAGAGUCGGUGCUGUGGUCGAUGCAUAGAAGGUACUAUUGCAGAUCACUUAAGCAUUUAAAUGAGGUACCAAAGAUAACAAGAAGGCCGAGCAAACUGAACAUUUUGUGUGAAGAAGCUGAUCAUUCUCAUAUUAGAUGGUGGAAAGAAAAGUUGCUGAUGUUCAAGAAGCCUUCUUCUCUUCAGCUUGUUAAAAAGCUUGCAUAUACAAACUUAUUAGGGCUGGAUGUUACCCUAAAAAAUGGGAGCCUGAAAGAAGGGACUCUCAACUUGGAAAUAUUGCAGUUCAAGUCAAGAUUUCCCCGGGAAGUUUUACUUUGCAGAGUUGGCGAAUUUUAUGAAGCAAUUGGAAUUGAUGCUUGCGUUCUUGUUGAGCAUGCUGGCUUGAAUCCUUGUGGGGGUUUGCAGUCAGACUGCAUUCCAAAAGCUGGUUGCCCUGUUGUGAAUUUACGUCAAACAUUGGACGAGUUGACACGGAAUGGUUUUUCAGUGUGCAUCGUUGAGGAGGUGCAGGCUCCCAUACAAGCUCGUUCACGUAAAGGUCGAUUUAUAUCUGGCCAUGCACACCCUGGUAGCCCAUAUGUCUUUGGGCUCUCUGGGGCUGAUCAUGAUGUUGAUUUCCCAGAACCGAUGCCUGUAAUUGGUAUAUCACGGUCUGCAAAAGGGUAUUGCAUGAUCUCAGUGCUUGAACCCAUGAAAACGUUUUCUGAGGAGGAUGGCCUUACAGAAGAGGCUAUUGUUGCAAAGCUCCGCACAUGUCGAUGCCACCAUUUAUUUCUGCACGCUUCCCUGAGAAAUAAUUCUUCAGGUACCUUUCGAUGGGGAGAAUACGGUGAAGGAGGCCUCUUGUGGGGUGAAUGUAAUGGAAAGCCCUUUGAAUGGUUUGAUGGCAUCCCUGUUGAGGAGCUCUUAUUCAAGGUAAGAGAAAUAUAUGGUCUUGAUGAAGAUGCUUCAUUUCGGAAUGUCACAUUUCGUUCUGAGAAGAGGCCAAAACCCUUGUAUCUUGGAACAGCUACCCAAGUUGGAGUUAUUCAAACUGAGGGGAUACCCAGCUUGUUGAAAGUUUUGCUCCCUUCAAACAGUUUCGGUCUCCCAUCUUUGUAUAUCAAAGAUCUACUUCUUAAUCCUCCAACUUAUGAAAUUGCAUCUGCAAUUCAAGAGGCAUGCAGGCGUAUGCGUUGUUUAACAUGCUCAAUUCCUGAAUUUACUUGUCUCUCGGCUGCAAAGCUUGUUAAAUUGCUGGAGUCGAAGGAGGCUAAUCAUAUUGAAUUCUGCAGAAUUAAGAAUGUAGUCGAUGAAAUUCUGCAAAUGCAUAGAAAUACUGAGCUUUCUGCGAUCCUUCAUAUUCUAUUGGAGCCGGCAUGGCUGGCAACUGGACUGAAAGUUGAUUAUGAUAUCCUGGUGCAGGAGUGUGGUUUGGUUUCGCAGAGAAUUGGUGAAAUGAUUUCCCUUAGUGGAGAAAGAGAUCAAGAGAUAUGCUCCUUUUCUGACAUUCCCUCUGAUUUCUUCUAUGAUAUGGAAUCCUCAUGGAAAGGUCGCGUCAAGAGAAUUCAUGCAGAGGAGGCUUUUGGAAAUGUUGAUAGUGCUGCUGAGUCCCUGUCCAUUGCUGUGAUGGAGGACUUUGUCCCCGUAGUUCAGAGAGUAAAAUGCAUGGUUUCCUCUCUUGGAGGUCCGAAGGGAGAAAUAUGCUAUGCAAGAGAACAGGAAGCAGUUUGGUUUAAGGGAAGGCAUUUCAUGCCAUCCGUAUGGGCUAACACCCCGGGAGAAGAACAAAUCAAGCAACUUAAACCUGCUGUUGAUUCAAGGAGGAGAAAGGUUGGAGAAGAAUGGUAUACCACUACCAAGGUUGAAGAUGCAUUACUCAGGUAUCAUCAUGCUUGUGCUAAGGCAAAGGUUGAUGUUUUGGAGCUUCUAAAAGAACUUUCUGCGGAAAUGCAAGAUAAAAUAAAUAUUCUUGUUUUCUCCUCCAUGAUGCUUAUAAUAGCAAAGGCGCUUUUGGCCCAUGUUAGCGAGGGCCUGAGAAGGAAAUGGGUGUUUCCUGACCUAUAUGAAGGCUACAAACCUGAGGAUACAACCUUAGCUGGAGCUACUAGUUACAUGGAACUGACGGGCUUGUCACCUUACUGGUUUGAUGCUUCACAAGGCAAUGCUAUACAAAAUGAUGUGAAAAUGCAAUCAAUGUUCCUUUUGACGGGGCCAAACGGUGGCGGCAAAUCCAGUUUACUUCGGUCAGUAUGUGCUUCUGUAUUACUUGGGAUCUGUGGCCUCAUGGUUCCAGCACAAUCGGCUAUUAUUCCUCAUUUUGAUGCUGUUAUGCUACAUAUGAAACCCUAUGAUAGUCCUGCUGAUGGGAAAAGUUCAUUUCAGAUUGAAAUGGCAGAGCUGCGUGGUAUGAUAACCGGAGCAACCAAGAGAAGUUUAGUUCUUGUGGAUGAAAUUUGUAGGGGUACAGAGACUGCAAAAGGAACUUGCAUAGCUGGCAGCAUAGUUGAGAAACUUGAUGCCAUUGGCUGCUUGGGUAUUGUUUCUACCCAUCUGCAUGGCCUGUUUUAUCUGCCAUUAUCUACUAAAAAUGUUAUAUUUAAACAAAUGGGAAUUGAGAUUGUCGAUGGCCACAUUAAGCCAACCUGGAAGUUGUUUGAUGGAGUCUGUAGAGAGAGCCUUGCCUUUGAAACUGCCCAGCGGGAAGGCCUUCCUGAAUCAAUUGUCAGAAGAGCUGAAGAAUUGUAUCUAUCAAGAGAAAUGCAAUCUUCUUCAGAGGCUGUGUAUCUGAAGUCUCAACCUGACUUGAAAGAAUCUGUUCUAAACUAUGACAGUUUGAAGACUAAUUGUAUAGCUACAAUUUCAGGUACGAUGAAGGAGUUGCAAAGAGAAGUUGAAAAUACUCUAACCAUAAUUUGCCAGAGGAAAUUGAUUGAAGUUUACAAGGAAAAAAGCACAUCAGAAUUAUUAGAACUGUCAUGCUUUAAAAUCGGACCGAGAGAACAGCCUCCUCCGUCAACAGUGGGAAACUCUUGUGUCUAUGUUCUCUUCAGACCUGACAAUAAACUAUACAUUGGACAGACAGAUGAUCUCUUGGGCCGGGUUCGCUCGCAUCGGACCAAGUCAUACUUGCAAAAUGCAGAAUUUUUGUAUAUUACUGUGCCAGGAAAGAGCAUUGCAAGCCAAUUAGAGACUCUUCUCAUCAACCAGCUUCCACUUCAUGGCUUUAGACUUACAAACAUAGCUGAUGGAAAGCAUCUUCAUUUUGGCACUUCUAAUAAUUUCUCCCAAAACUCUUACUCUGCAUCACAGAAUCAAGCUUCUUGUCAUUGAAUUGCAUCAAGAUCCGUGCUUCUGAUGAGACUGCUACUGUAUAAAAUCUUUUGUUUUUUGCAACUCGUAUUGGAAGGAGAUCAAUACUUUGGAGGAAGUUCACCAAUUUUGUUUCUUAUGGGGGCUUCUCAUUUCAUUUAUUGCCUUUUUUUUUAUUUUUUAUUGGAUGGUUAAGAUAUGGUCAUGUGAAAUGCAAAUGGCGUUAGUUGCACUUAAA